GUGCGAAGUGCGCAGUGCGCACCUAACUUUGAGCGUUCCUAUUAAAUGUUCUAUAAAGCCAUCGUGAAGGGGAAGAGGCCCCUUCAGGCGGCGUCUCAUGCUAUCACGUCUACGGCGAACAGCUCUUCUGCUCUUUUUUCACGCGUCUUUGUCAAGCGUAGAAUCAGUCUAUCAAGCACUGUGCGUUGUCUCAAGCGGGGCGCAUUGAGACGAUCGAUUUCAACUAGAAGCGGUAUUCCUCCAGAGACUACACCGCCGCCGCCACCGUUGCCAGGCUCGCAUGGCGUUCCGCUCUACAGACGUCUUAUGCUCGCAUGGACGAAAACUCCAACAAAAUGGUACCCGCUUCCCUUGGCCGUCGGGGCCAUUCUCCUUGUCGUCAUCCAAUACCGCAAGAAAGUAGCACGUUUAGAGAAUGAGGUCCAUGUCGAUGAUGAAGGUCGUGAAGUCAUUAAGCUCAAAGGUCCAUGGCAUGUCCACGUAAUAGGCGCCCUUCCUCUCCGAAACAUGUCGCGCGUCUGGGGCUACAUGAACUCACUCGAACUUCCUGUUUGGAUACGGCCCUAUGGCUUCCGGCUCUAUGCAUACGUUUUUGGCUGCAACCUUGAGGAAAUCGACCCUGACGAUCUAACGCAAUACACCAGCCUGGGUCAAUUUUUCUACCGAAAGCUCAAACCUGGUGCUAGGCCCAUAGACAACGCUAUCCUCGUCAGCCCCGCCGACGGCACCGUUUUACAUCUCGGAACUAUUGAGAAUCUUCGAGUGGAGCAAGUCAAGGGGAUCACCUACUCAUUGGAUGCUCUCCUCGGCGUGGAUCGUUCAGAUCCAGAAAGCCCAACUUCGACGGUAAUCGAAUUCCCAGACCGAGAAAUGUCACACGUGACGGACCAAGAAUUUGCUAACGUGAACGGUAUCGAGUAUAGCUUAGACCAACUCCUGGGUGCAUCCACACCUUCCACUCCGGGUACCGUGACGCCUCCAAUCACAAGAACUCAGUCCGCCUCCGAGGUAGAAACGUCUUCCGUGCCGAAGAAAUUCGGCGAGCAGGUUGACGCGUCUGUGGAGCAUCCAGGAUCCCUCCAAGAAACUAUCGCGCAUGAUGCCUCCGUCGCUCGCGAAAUGGGCGUCAGACCGUCGCUCGAGCGGAAGAGAAGUACUUCGGGCACAAGCGUUAAAGAAGGCAAUGCACUUUACUUCACCGUCAUCUACCUCGCUCCGGGCGAUUAUCACCGAUUCCACAGCCCCACCGCAUGGGUAGUGGAGAAACGGCGCCAUUUCGCGAACUCUUCUCCGUUUCCCCAUGGAUGGCAAAGCGAUUGCAAAACCUCUUCGUCCUGAAUGAAAGAGUCGCCCUUCUCGGUCGAUGGAAAUUUGGGUUCUUUGGUAUGAUCCCCGUUGGCGCCACUAACGUAGGCAGCAU